UUGUGUGUGUGUUCGGCCAGAGGAAAAGGGAGGGGGGACGGAUACGUAAUAAUCAUCCUCCCUAGAUUAAAUGGAGGCCAUUAGACAGAUAUUAAGGGAACAAUUGGAAGUAUUGGGCCAGGCUGGCCGCUAGCGCUCUUCACUACGAUCAGCGAGUGAGUCACGACUCUCGCUAAUGGUUUAUCAGCCGUGUAGAUAUAGGACCGUAGCACGGCUGCGGAGGGGAGCACACCGGGAGGCCUGGCCGUGGAUAUUUGAUCGGCCUACAUGUCUCCGGCUUCUGUUCACUUCUCUCCCAGCAUUACCGGGAAAAAGUCAUUACCGCUGUAAUUAUUUUCAAGAAGAUGUGCUCAGAGAACUCACAAAUAUCAGCGAAUUGCCUUCUUUGAUAAGUACUAUAACAUUCAUUGGGGUUAUUUUGCUGCACUAUGCCGUGCCUUUUCUGUGUGUGGUUUUGUCAUGUUACUUUCCAGGGUAUGGCCAUUUAGAAGUAGGAUGCUUUACCGCGUUUGCGUCCACGCGUUAAUUGUUCAUAAUUAAGGACAGGCAAGCGUCACAGAAAGGAAGAGUGCGGUACACGUUGUGACGUAGAGGCACGUUCGAAGGUGAAGCGUGGGCUGGUUCUGUCAGAGAGGCACGAGGCAAACAAAGCUCGGUCAUGUCUGAAUCGAGAGCGCCGUGAAUAAUCUCUGAUUGAGCCCAAGUAUCACAGCAGACAUAUCUGACAGAAACAGAGGCGGAGGAAAAAUAAGGAAGCCUUCUCUGGAGAACGAGAUCUAGGAGUUUAUCCUCAAACGCAGAAUAACACCAUGCUGUGUCAGACACAUUGAGAACUGGUCUGGGUUGCAGACUUUGAGGGAUGUCGACAUGGAGUUGUACACUGGGAUUCAGAGACUGAACAUCGUGAACUGCAACUUGCGUACGAUUCAGUCGCGAGCCUUCGCCAAGAACCCCUACCUGCGCUACAUAAACUUGUCCGGGAACCCUCUGACAACUCUCUCAUGGCAACUUUUUCAGAAUCUCCAACUCUUCGAGCUGAAACUUGAAGGAGUGGUGUUUAACUGCAGCUGCAAUAUCCGUUGGAUCCAGCUGUGGCAGCAGCGAGGUGAAGCCGGACUCCAUAACCAGCAGCUGUUCUGCAACAACGGUGUCUUCAAGAUCCCUUUACAGCGCAUGAACAUCUCUCACUGUGAUUUGCCGGAGAUCAGCGUAAGUCACAGUAACCUGACAGUGAUGGAAGGUGACAGGGUGACAAUCACCUGUAAUGGGUCAGGAGUGCCGGUACCAGAAGUGGAUUGGACUGUUGGUGGACUGCACUCCAUUAACACUCAUCAAUCCAAUCAAUAUCCACCGAAUGUUCACUCCAUCAACUUAACUCUGGUCAACAUCAGCCGAGACGAUAACAGCUUCAUGCUGACCUGCAUUGCAGAGAAUAUAGUUGGGAUGACUAAUGCCUCAAUACAGCUUUCAGUGCAGUUCCCUCCUGUCAUCAUUAAGUUUGAGGAGCCAGAGAAGAGGCAUGACACGUGUAUGGUCUUCACGGUGCGUGCAAACCCCCUGCCCACCCUCCGCUGGUACUAUAAUGGCAGGGAGAUCAAGCCGACAGACUAUGUUACACCAAAAAUGGAUGUCUAUCUGGACAACUUAGAGGGAUGCCUCUUAUUCAAAAACCCCACACACCACAACAAUGGGAAUUACACUCUGGAGGCCAGCAACUUCCUGGGCGUGGCUGUCAAAACUGUGUACGCCCACUUUCUUCAGCCACCCUUUGAUGUAGACUACACAGAAUAUGGGAGUCCGACUCCGACAGCUGUUACAACUAUGACACAUCGGCCUGAAGAGGACACGUUUGGCGUAUCGAUUGCAGUUGGCUUGGCUGGCUUCGCCUGCGUUCUCCUUGUCGUUAUGUUUGUGCUAAUCAACAAAUAUGGCAGACGCUCAAAGUUUGGCAUGAAAGGACCCGUGGCUGUGAUCAGCGGUGAAGAAGACUCCGCCAGCCCCCUCCAUCAUGUUAAUCAUGGCAUCAUAACCCCGUGUACCCUGGAUGCUGGGACAGACGCCGUAGUGAUCGGCAUGACCCGCAUCCCAGUGAUCGAAAACCCGCAGUAUUUCCGCCACGGGCACAACUGCACCAAGCCCACAACUUAUGUACAGCACAUUAAGCGCAGAGACAUCGUGCUCAAGAGGGAACUGGGCGAAGGGGCCUUUGGGAAGGUAUUCCUGGCAGAGUGCUACAACCUUAGCCCCACUAAGGACAAGAUGCUGGUGGCUGUCAAGACCCUGAAGGAUCCCACCCUUGCGGCGAGGAAAGACUUCCAGCGGGAGGCCGAGCUGCUGACCAACCUUCAGCACGAGCACAUAGUGAAGUUCUAUGGCGUCUGUGUAGACGGAGACCCGCUUAUCAUGGUCUUUGAGUACAUGAAACACGGAGACCUCAACAAGUUCCUCAGAGCUCACGGUCCAGAUGCAAUGAUCCUGGUUGAUGGACAGCCGCUGCAGACCAAUGGGGAACUGGGUAUGUCUCAGAUGCUGCACAUAGCCAGUCAGAUCGCAUUAGGGAUGGUCUACCUGGCAUCUCAGCACUUUGUGCAUCGUGACCUGGCCACACGCAACUGUCUGGUGGGCAACGGGCUGCUGGUGAAAAUCGGAGACUUUGGAAUGUCAAGAGACAUCUACAGCACUGACUACUACCGGGUGGGAGGACACACAAUGCUGCCCAUUCGCUGGAUGCCACCAGAAAGCAUCAUGUACAGGAAGUUCACAACUGAGAGUGACGUGUGGAGCUUCGGCGUCAUCCUCUGGGAGAUCUUCACCUAUGGCAAGCAGCCAUGGUUUCAGCUGGCAAAUAAUGAGGUAAUCGAAUGCAUUACACAAGGACGCGUGCUGGAGAGGCCACGGCUUUGUCCCAAGGAAGUAUACGACAUUAUGCUGGGAUGCUGGCAGAGGGAACCACAGCAGAGGUUGAACAUCAAAGACAUCCAGAAAAUUCUUUAUACCUUGGGCAAAGCCUCACCUGUCUACCUGGAUAUCCUUGGCUAGUGUUUAUUGGGAAUAUGUGUGGAUGUCUGUCUAUGUCUAUCCAUCGGAGGAACAAACGAUCUGGGAUUUACCCUGAACAACAUGUACCUUACUGCGCCACUGUCGGACACCUGCAACAUGGGGAUGGACUUAAGUGCCUGCUACUCCUUUCGAUACACUGGAUAACAGUCUUUAAAAAGCACUUUUACAUUUUGUUUACCUGCAUAUGAAAUGUACAGUUCUGCAAGAAGAGGAGUCUCCUUUCUCUAUUUCUUCUUUUCUUUAAGUUUUGGUAAGAACAGCCUACUUUCAAACUCUAACAAAGGAAUAAUGAAAAAUUCCCCCUAAAGUAUGGAGAAAAUAGUAUUUUUUUUCUUUCUUUUUUUUCUGACUGCUUGACAACUCUCCUGGUGGUUACAUGUUUUUUCAUUUUAUAAAUAUAUAUAUUUUUAUUUAUUUUUCUUUCUCUGAGUGUGGAUCUAUGCCAUGUUUCUUGCUAAGGGUAUAUCGCCUUUCGGAUAUGACUGCUGACCUUAGCCAUGUCAGAUGAUUGGCAAGGACUUAAAAAGAAAAGAAAAAGAAAAAAGCCUUACUGCGCUCUGAUUGGCGGUUCUUCUCUUUGACUCUUCCUGUUGGAAGUAUCCAACAGGGCUUUUCAAUAUUCUGAGGAGCUUUUUAGUGAACGGAUUAACUUGAAGGAUCCACAAAUCAUUACAAAGGAUUUUAUUUAGAAUAAAACAAAAACAAAACAAGGAAUGUAUAUAAUGUAAAUGUAUGUGUCACAAGUGACAAUAUGUUAACUUAUUUCAUUUCCUUAUUAGAUGAUUUUAGUUCCUUGGCGUGCUGUUAUGGUGAGUGAAUUCUAUAAAUAUUUUGAUAAUAUUUUAAUGUUUUCUUUUGUUUUGUUUUGUUUUGUCUUGUUUUUCCAGAUGUCCAUAGAAUGAAUGCAAGUUGAUAUUUCUAAAUGAACUUUUUUUUUUCUUCUCUCGUUUACCCCUUUGUUUGGUUUGGAUGCAACCAAAAGGGAAAAUCAUGAGACAUAACCUUGCUCCUUGUAUUCCAGAGACCAUUUGCUUCUGAAAUGAAUGUAAUAGAAAAGGUAGAUUUAUUUCCCAAGCGAGAUCUUAUCCAGAAAAUACUCAUAUUCCAUUUAUUAACCCUCAUUGCAUAUAUGAAUUGUGAUUUUGCUUCUUUGCAAACAUAUUAUAUCAUCCUUUGCCAUAGUCUGAGUAAUAAAAUUGAGAUGGUUAGGCUGUCUGGAAGAACUAGCAUGUGCAAACUUAAAAAAUUAAAAUAAUAAUAAUAAUAAAAUAUAUAUUUAUGAGCUAAAUUCCAUAAGAAACACCGUCCUUUCCGAGUUUGGCAACUCUUUCUUUUACUACUUUCCUCUAGUAAAUACUGUAGCCACUAGUAGAGUUAUCAAAACAUAAUAGAAGAGAAUCCAUAACAAUGUUUUGGAUUCUGUCAGGUAAUAAAUAUUAUUUUCUCCCCAGUGUUUUACAAUAGAAGACCGUAAACACAAUAUCUGCGAUAACGUAAUUGUGUAUUCAAAAUGGAACUUUCCUAGGACUAAAGGGCUUCUUUGGAACAUUCUUCAUUUAUUCUGAAGUGACAUUUGGAUUUUAUUGUAAGGUGUUCUCUCUUUCACACUCUCUUGAACAGUUUUGCUGGCUCAGUGUUUGCCUGAUGAUAAAUCUGUAAUCAUUGCAUGGCUGAUUUACUCGACAAGUAAACUUUAGUUCAGCUUUUGUGAGAAAAUGUUUGCAAACUAUUCUUGAGCAUAAAAUCUGUGACAUUUCAAACAUCCAUCCAGAAUUUUGCUUAACCCUACAAUAUAUUAACAGCGUCACAUGUAUUUCAUGUGUAUCCGAGUGCUCACUUUGACACUCACAACUUUAUCCCAACCAAACCAAAGUAAAAACUGUCAGAAACGUUCCUGCUUUUCCCAGGUCUCUAUCAGGAACCAUGUCUUAAAUUGCUAUUUGAGCCAACCUGCCCAUCACAAUUUGACAGAACACAUUUGUGCUUAACCAUAAUCUCACCCAUCACAUCAGGAAAAGUUCCCAGCACUGAGGAAGUGACUUGAACAUUUGUUGAUCUUGUGGUGUUGUUUCUUUCUGCUUCCCACAUUGGCCAGAUAAUUCUCUCUACAUCUACGACAAGGGGGAAAUUGCAAAAGUCUUUCAAUAACACCACCAGCGAUGUGCUUGCGUGUGAUAAGAUGCUUCUCAUUUUAAUAUUUUCGUCUAUGGGGCCCUGUUGCAGAUACUGUAUUCACUGACUUUAUCAUUUUGCCCAAAGGUUUGAAGUUUAUUAAAGAAACAGGUUCACCUGUAUCCCGGACGAGCCCCCAAUUCGAGACUUGAUUUUAAGCACAAUCCUCUUUACUGAAUGUAAUUUCUACAGAUCGCUAAUAGAUGUAGCAUUUCAGAUUUUACAUGUCAACUGUAGUACACAGUGAGUAUUCACGCUGAAUUAGGUUCUAAUUGGAAGGAAACUUUCGCCAAUGACGGCAAUUCCCAGCUUUCCUGUAGCGAGACAACACUUGGAGAAUGAUUUUGGAGCAUGAUUUCAGAAUAUGCUGAUGUGAACAGGCUAUUAUUUAUUUGGUCUUUGCUCAACCCCUUCUUCAAUGUGGGCAAUUUUCUUAAAAAAUCUAACUUGCCGACUCAGAUUUCUCCAAAAAAAUACUGGUUUAUUAAAAAAAGAUUAUUGGCAUUAGUUGCAGUUUUUAGCCAUUUUAUAUUCAUUUAAUCAUUAGAAAAUUUCCUGGGCAUUCGUUUUAUGACUGGCCAACAUUGUCCAUCUUGUGAAACAAGCUUUAUAUCCUAUUAUAUUGCUUCUCACCAUGUUUAUGUUUGUAACAAAUAAAUCUGUGUUUAGUUCCUACCUGUUUCCCGAAGAGGACUAAAGGUUGUCUCACUGCUGUGAAUCAGUUGAGGCAGCGAUUACUGAAGAUUACUUGAGUCAUCGGGUACAUACCUGUAACUAACAAGGUUGAAAGGGUCAAACAUUUCUCUGCGGUUUACUCAGUGAGUCCGAUCUAUGCUCAAUGGCCUGUGAAAGGUGGAUUAUUCUAACAUGGCAAAGAGAGGUGGGGUAGUGUUUGCUGCAGAGUGGCUGUAUCUUUAUCACCUGAAGCUGUUGGAGAACAGGCACAAACCAAAUUAGUAGUUUCUGUAAUGAAAGGAUGCGAGUGUAUGAGCCACAGUUGGUUUGGAGAAGGGGAUCAGACAAGAGAGAGUGUGACAGCAGGGUGACGGUAUGGUAGCUCCAGGGGUUGCCGUGACUCUAAUGACUUCACCUUGCAAAAAUGGUGGAAAUUACCAGUGAAAUGAGUUUUUGGCCUGGGCUUUUAGAUAUCCCUUAAAUAUGAUGGCCAGUCUUUCGGUAAUCCCCCUGAGGCAGAGUAGUGAGGUGUGUGUGGUUGUGUCAGUGUGUGCGAGAAAGCGAGGUGUAGGAGAGAUGAAUCAGUGAAGGUCAGACGCUAAAAGAGUGGAUAGAAGUGCCACAGCGCUGUCUGUUGGCAGGCUAACAGAGUUAAGCAUUCAGAGCUGUGAGGCAAGCAGAAUCUCCCUCUCUCGCUUACCGCCACCAUGGCAGGGAACAGGCGCAGGGCGAUUGAUGAGAGGUUUAAGACCUUAAUCAUGAGGAGAAGAAGCGAGGCAGGAAGCUGGAACAUUACGUCUGGAAUGAGCUCUCUUUCAGCACUUCAUAACCCUGCAGAAGGGCUGCAGAAACCUCGGCACUGUCACGCUUCACUGCUGAUCUCAGAUCAGCCUCCUCCUCAUCCAUUUAUCCUACCUACUGUGGGCUUGAUUUACCAAAGCAUUUAAUGCAUGCAAGACUGCCUUACUGGGGCACAAUGAAAAAGAACGACUAUAAUUGGCAAAUCACCCACUAAAAUGUUGUUAAAAUCAGACGCAGUCAAAACAUCAUGUGUUAACUUUUUUUACACAAAUUACUGUCUUUGAUACUGCUGUUUUGAGCACUCGGAGGCAAUGCUAAUCCAAGCGUAGCUUUUUCAGAAACCAGUAACAACCUCAUCAAAUUAGCCAACCAGCUUUUAGAACUUAUUUAGCACCCCGACACAUGAUGUGGCCACCUGGAGCAAUAAUCUCCAUGAGAUGUAGUCACACUGAAUAUAUUACUGAUUGAAUCUGUUAUCCCAAUUUGUUGUUGCUGCAGAUCUUCAGCUGUCAAUGUGGCUUGCAUAAAACAUGCUAUCUGUUUUUUGCCUGCAGAAUAAAACUCAUUUUCAUUGCCUUCAAAACAUUUAAUUAAAGAUCCUUAUCUGAUUUUAAACCUCACUCCUAAAUUUCAAAUGAGACUACCAGAACAAGUCCUUAUCUACCUCCAUUGCAUUGCUGCUUAAGUACUCUUAAUGUACUCUGGAAAGAAGCAGUUCCAAACUUUUGGUCGAUUCAUAGCACCCUUUGCUAAUGAUAUGAAUAACAAUAGUGAUGUUUUUAUACAUCUGAAGCAGCGAUAUCCCUGAGAAAGGGCCAGCUGCAUUUUGGAGAGCCUGACUCAGCUCAUGCUGCAGUUGCUGUUUACUCUGGGCACACGGAAAAGCAUGUGAAUCUUGUUACUAAGAACCUAAAGUGAUCUAUAGUUUAGAUCUCCUUUGUUUUGGGAAAAGCUGAACCCACAUUCAAGGACAGUUGAGUAUUUAACUCGGAAAGCCUGGCCAAAUGCAACUCUGGUUUUCUUUAAAAGGGAGGUUAAAAUUAACUGCGGCAUUAAGACUUCAAAUGGGGAUGUCACCCCAGAGCAAUCUCCUGCACUGUCAGCAGACUUUGACAUCUAGAUUAACCUUGCUGCUGUGAGUGUGCUGACAGCACUCAUUGGGAUGCAAGACGCAUCUCAGAUCUUCUAUUCCAAAGGUAUCUCAGCCCCCUCUUUCUUUGUUUGAAAAGGAAAGUAGGAAGCAUGAGCCAGGACAUACGCACUAAUCUGAGGGAGGUCCUUAUGUUUGUCUAUGUGGGAGGGGAUGUUAUCGCUUUUGGAACUAAAGUGUUAAACAAAUGGUGAUCUAUCCCAGCAUUCUCUGAAUUUGCCAGUCUGCCAGCGAGCAAAAGGCCCAGGUGAACAUCUUAAGUCUCUUUUAAGUCUUUUUCAACAGAACUUUUUUUUAUUUCUUAAUAGAGACUACGGCCCAUUGUUCCACAGAAGAAUGUGUGUCAAUCAGAACAAAAGGGAAGUGAGCUUCUUUGAGCUCUGGCUCAAAUGUAUUAUUCAACCUUGUUCCACUCUCUGGACAACUGUGGGAGAAAGUUGUUUUACCAAGGUGAUUACUACAAGGUAGUUCUGACUUUGAGUGGAAAGUUAUUUCACCUGUGAUUGUUUCUUUUCACUUGUGCCAGAUAAUGACUAUAACCUUGUUGGUCAAAGCUCAAUAUCUAAACAGCAUGAUGAUUAGUUAUCAACCCCAAAAGUUUGUUAAAUAUACUGCCAAUUGUCAACUCAAUAAGGAGCCAAUAAGUCACUUUUUCUUUCUAGCAGACGCAUUUUCAAAUCACUCUGUUGCCCUAUGCUUGUGUAUAAGGGUUUUGCUGCUGGGAAAAAUAGUCUUAGCUCGUCACUGCCUUGCCAAGAUGCUGUUUCUAUGAUUUACCUGCUGAAAACAUCAGCUUAAACCAGGCUGGAUCUCUGAUCAGCUGGACCAGCUGAACUGGGAGACCAGGUUAGACUAGCAAACCACCUUAGCAGUUAUUUUUUUUUACUGCAUGAGUGUAAUUCUAAAGGAACUGUUGAAAACUGCCAUUAACUCAUUGUAUCCACAAUCCACCAAUGAUCUGAAGUUUAAGAGGCAACUGCCUGUGAGCCUAGGAGAGACUCAGAGCUCUCUGACUGGAGGACCAACUGCUGAAAAACUGCUUUAAAUGUCUUCAUUAGUGGCAUGGAUACAGAAGAACACCACUGCAGUGCUAAAAGGGUGCUGGCAGGGACCAACCCAUACAAUAACCCGGCUAAAAAUAUCAUUGCGAGAAGGAUGGAUGGAGUGGGGUGGUGAGUUUGUGACUCACUGCAUGCUGCCUACGAUUGCCUCAGAGCCUUGGUGACAUUUCAGAUCACAGCUCGUCUGCACUAUAGCGCUGCCACCCACUACACCAUACGUUUUAAUCAGACUACUACAGCAAACAAGAGCAUGUUUUAGUCACUAUUAUAAUGCAACAUCUGGCCUUUCAGUUUCUAUGAAAUAUAUAACGGUAGAGAUGACGUUAUAGUUCACAACAUGUUUGCCACAUUUAGUUCAUAGCCUUGCUAACGCAUUUCAUGCAAUCAGGACAAAACGUAAAAGGGAAGGUGGUGAAAUCUGUGUCAGUGUCUCUUUGUGUUCUUUUAUUAGUGCAUGUAAUGCUAAUGCGACCAUGCAAACAUUUAUUUUUUGACUACAUGCAAUCGCUAGAGACUCUUUUUAGGCCAUUGCUUUCAGAGAUUGUUUGAUGCCUGAAUGACAGCAAGAGAAAAUAAGGUCAGAAAUAAUUAAUUGGCCUUAGGUCACAGUGGAAGAAAUGUAGGACACAUAUGCUUUAAUAGCUUCAGCGGUGUUACAAUCAUCUAGCAUGCUAACAGAGGGAUGUUUCUAGACAUUUUUUUUUUUUUUUUACAGUAUGUUGAAGAGUUGGUAAUAAGGAGAUUUAUAUUCACAAAAGUGGGCUUGCAUAUAUUUGAAAUAAAUAUAGUAAAAAAAAAAACAUAGUACAUAUUUCUAACGCAAUAUUUGGAUAAUAGUCACUUGCUUAGGUCCCAAACAAUUUUAACUUGAGACUUGCUACGUGACGACUGAUUUUCUGACUGUUGCUAAGUUUUGUGAUUUGUAUGUUUUAAUCAUACUUGCUAGACUAGUUUAAGAAGUUUUUUUUUUUCUUUUUUUGAUGGGUUAAAGUAGCUUUUGGUGAAGUUACAGUUUCUUUCUAUGAACUUCCUCUCACAAAAACAUUCCAGCAGGUUAUGGAAUAUGGAAAGAUAAUAAUACAACAGAGUCAUAUUUGAUUAUGUAAACUACACUGUAUAAUUUAUACAAGCAUUAGCAAUGGGAUAUAAGUUGACAGCAUUAGAAUUUCUGGCAAAUUUAAAAGAAUAUUUAUAUAUAUUAUUUUAUUUUUUAUUUAAAUUUUGCAAGGACUAAAGACUUGAUUAAAGAAUGAAAAUUUCGAUGAGAUUCUAAAAUUUCAUAUCGAACAUCCAUCUUUGCUUAAUAAAUCUUGUGAUGAAAGCCAUACAUUGAAAUGUAGAUGUCUUAUUGUCAUGGUGCCUGAGCUCUAGCAGAAAGACCGGACAGGGAUCUGGAAUGCAGGGAGAGGAGAUCCUGAGCAUAUAUGUGAUUGGACUCUUUGAUUCCAGUAACCCAUAUGUAGGAAGAGAAAUAUAUUACCGAGAGGCUGUAUUGCAGUUGCCUCAAAUCCAUGUCAACAACUUUAGUUCUCCAAAUUUUUCUUUUAAAUCAACUUUUUUUUCAUUGGCGCCUUUGGUUUUGAUGUCAUAUAAGCAUUAUAUACCAGAAAAAAGGAUAAGAGAUUCAUAAAAGCAUUAAAAGAAACUCAUAUGACACAUUAGCAAUAUAUGUGUGUGUCAAUAUAUUCUUCGUAUCCAUCUUUCAAUCUAAUAUAUUUCUCUUCCUGUGAUUUGUGUGUGGGAAAAAUCUGUUGCAAUAUUAAACUGUGGGAGACAUUUAAGCUACACAUCUGUACGCAUGUGUUUAUACAUUAUAUGUGGUCUUUUUCAUUUGGGCUUAAUGCGAGAACAGCAGAUCGGGCGAUGUCGAGUUCAAAUGUCUGAAUAUUUAUGUGUGACGAGUGCAGAUAUUUUGUUUUCAUUGCCAUCGAGCUGUGUGUGGUUCGAAAAAGAAAAACUUUGUGACACCCUCUGGCAUCCACCGUAAUGUAUUUUCCAUCUGAGAAGUCCUAGCUGAAGUGCUGAGCUUACGAUUUCUCCUGAGUAUUUCUGUCAUCGUGUCCGAACCCUUGUUAGAAUGAUGAAGGAACGGGGUGUGAAAAAAACGGUUCUCACAGUUCCUCUAUUUGUAACUCAUUGUUAUCCCACCUGUGUUCCGUUUACUGAUUCAUCUAUAAACUGAAAACUGCUGUAACUAACUAUGUAUCCUAUGAUGAUUUAUGUAGACCUAUUCUAUAAAUAAAAAGAAAAAUACA